AUGGAUCGCUUCCGGCAAGACUCUGAAAUCGAUGAGGCUACCAAAGCCGAAACCGCAGAUGCACUCACCAAGUCGCGUCAAUUUCUCACUUCUCGUCUAUUGCCGGACCUCGACAGAGCGAACCAAGUCCACCAAAGCCUCAUCGCCCAAAUUGAGGGCUACAAGAAGCUGCGAGAGACGCUCAGAUCGCUGGACGUCGAUGAAAACCGUGUGAAAGACUCAAAUGUAGCGGACAAGGACGCCACACUGCUAGCAGACAUUGGUGGAGGUGUGGCUGCCCAGACUCGACUUCUAGAAGGGGAGAAUCCGAUCGUCUCACUUGGGCUCGCCAACUUUUACGCACAACUCACCAACAGAGAAGCAAGAGCUUUCAUCACAAAGAAGCUGAGCUUGCUCGAAAUCAAACGCGACCGAGCGAUAGACAAGCUCGCCCAGAUCGAGGCCCACAUUCAUCUCACUUCCACAUCAAUAACGCAGCUUGAUAAUCUGCAUCGCGGUGGCUCCAUCAUCGACGACGUAUGA